UAGGAGUCUCCGCCCCGCUCUGCGUUCGCUGCGUUGUUUUGGGAACAGAAGGAAGAUGGCGGCGGCGGUCCCGCUGUACUGCGUCUGCCGGCAGCCCUACGACGUGAACCGGUUUAUGAUCGAAUGCGACAUUUGUAAGGAUUGGUUCCACGGCAGUUGUGUCCAAGUAGAGGAGCACCAUGCAGCGGACAUCGAUGUUUACCACUGCCCCAACUGUGAUGUUGUACACGGACCCUCCCUGAUGAAGAAGCGGAAUAACUGGCACCGGCAUGACUACACGGAACCCGACGACGGUACCAAGCCAGUACAGGCUGGCACCUGCGUGUUCGUGCGACAGCUGCAGGCUCGAACCUUUCCCAGUGCCGACGAGAUCCUGGACAAGAUGCAGGGGCACCAGGUGACGCAGCAGUACCUGGAGAAGCAUGGGUUCCAGUACCCCAUUGCGGUGGCCAAACUGGAUGGCCUGGGACUCGAGCUGCCACCCCCCUCCUUCUCUGUCAGGGACGUGGAGCAGUAUGUCGGUGAGAGCCGUCUGGAUGCCUCUUUCAGCUGCCAGUUCAACGGGAAAUUCAACAAGGCAUCCACGGCAUCAGCAGAUGCAGCUGAGCGGGUUCUGGACAACAACCUGCGCUUGGUUUUGUGCAAUGGAAGAAUAGUUCGAGAUGAGAGGCCACGGGUCAAAGUGAUUGGGACUGGGGAAUUGCCGGGCCAGAGAGCGGACACCCAUCAGAAGGAGGCGGUCAAGGUCAAGGUGGAGCGCGGAGAGCCAGGGGACAAGGCCAGAGCACUGAACGGGUUUUUCGAAGGCAUGAAAUCUGAACUCAGGAAUGGAGCCUCGGCGCACUCAGACACGUCAGACUCCAGCUCAGAGGAGAGUUGCACUACACAGCAGAGAGACUCUUCAGAGGAAGACUCAAGGAGCUCUGAGGAGGAAGAAGAGGAGGACACAGGGAUGAAGGUUUCCUCCCAGAACCUGACCCAAAGAGGCUCAGUGGGCUUCAUGAACUUUCAGCAGGCAGGACCAGAGUCCAGGCAGCAGGAUAGAUCUCUAAAAAGAGAACGUCCCACCUCGCCCAGCACUGAAGCGGCCAUCCAGGGAAUGCUGUCCAUGGCAGGGCUGCUGGAGCCGCAGUUUCCCGAGGGAGAGACCCCCAGCUCACAAGACCCCUGGUGGUCCAGCCCAGCCCAUCCAUCUCCUGACUGCGGUGGCAGGGAACAUUCCUCAGGAGAGGACAGCCAGGGAGACUCGGACUGUAGCUCCAGCCUGGGUCAUCAGGACAAACAGCGGGCUCCAAGGCACCUGCUGAAGGAGUGCCAGGCCCAACUCCGGCAGCGGAUCCAGGAGAAUAAGAACUUCAUGGACAGCGGAGGUGGCAGAAGCGAGGCCUGGGUCGACCAGCACCUCUCCUCAGACCCUGGCAGCCCCCUGCACCUGGAGACGGACUUCCAGUACAGAGAGACCUCACUGUCGCCGCCGCUUCACCCCUCCAAGCGGCCUGCCUCUAACCCACCACCAAUCAGCAACCAGGCCACCAAAGGAAAGCGGCCUAAGAAAGGCAUGGCCACCGCCAAACAACGCCUGGGCAAGAUCCUCAAGCUGAACCGGCACAAUCGCUUCUUUGUGUAGUGGAAGGAGAAGGCAGGGCAGGGAAGAGUCGGACUUCACACGGGCCCCGUCUUGAGAUGCUCAUGCUCUGUUGACCUCUGCCUGGAAGCCCAUGCCACAAGUUUAAAUGUCAGGGUAUCAGUCUUAAUCCUGCAAGUGCACGCACGCACGCACAUACACGCGCACAGACAGACGCAAGAAACCUCAACGACGGAAACUCUUGAGCGAGUUGUCCUCGGUGGUGGGCAGUUUUUGCGCCGGAUCGAAAUCCCAGGUCAAUAGAAGCUGAAGGCUUUAAGCAGAGCUCCGGAGAAUCCAGCUGCUUCUGCGUAAGAGCGCCAUCUGCUGGUGCUGUCAUGGGAGUGUACAAGGAGCAGUGCAUUAUGACAAGCAACCAGCCAAUCCGUACUUUCAUGCCACAAUGUUCAUACCUUGGUUGCAGGCUUCUAUGGCUGAAACUACUUACUGCUUCCGCCCGUUCUAUCAGCAUAAUUCCUCCAUUACCAAGCCAGUGUGGGCACACACAGUGUUAUGGAUGGUCCCGGAAUGCAGUACUAAGUAUCUAAGACUGUCUUUCUUUAACAUAUCUGGCUUUAGACGAAGAAGGGUGCUAAGGUAUUGAACUAAUCUCAAAGAAGGUGCUUGAAACUUUAUCGUUGCCUGCCGCUCCAUCACAAUCACACCAGCAAUAUCAUGUAAUACAGGAGAUUUUGACAUGCAUUGUUGAUGGAGGUGCAGAGUGUCCUGUCCCUCCCAUUGUGCUGUUUGUAUCGCUAUGGAACAGGUGUAGUCAAGCGACGUAGAUUGGCUGGAGCCAUUAGCCUGACCACCUCACCCAGCCGGGACGCUAUCGUCACUCGUGUUUGCCGAGUGCGCCGCAGUGCAGCCUGCUCGUCCACUUGCAUCCCUCUGGCUAUGAGCGAGGAGCAACUGCACAUCAGACACCUUGAUUUGUUGUUUUCGGUGAGGAAAAGCCAUAUGCACCAGAAAGCCAUAUCUCCAUGGCAAUGCUUUAAGGAGCCAGUGCUGUGUCUCUGUGUGUUUUCUUUGUAUAUUAUCGAGGGUCAGUUGAAACCAAAUCAGGGUUGAAUAGUGCGGAGGAGGAGGCCGUGUCGUGACCAAUCAAGACGACUGUUUGAAAUGAGCUCAUUUGGCGCCACCUACAGGACACGAGGCGACUGCAAGAGCGUAAUGUUUUCUAUGACUAUUUACUUUAAAGCAUUAUGUAAUGUAUUGAGAAUGACACUUUCUCUGCUUUAUUUCAUCAUUCAAUCCCUUUUGUAGCUGUUUUGUUUUUAUUUCUUUGGAAGACACCUUCAUUUUGAUUAUUUAUGAAAAGGUAAUUGUACUUUUUCGGCCUGUGGGCUGAAAGGUUUGUAGCUGAAGAUGGUCAUGUUGCCAGGGCUCCCACAGCACUCACGUUCCGGCAUGUAAAUGCAAAGGGGGUGCGUUAGCUGUCGACAGUAGCGACGGCAGCACAGAGUAAUAGCAUGCCUGUGCUUGUUUACAUUACUAACCCUCCAUGGUCAUACGUUCUCGGUAGUAUUUUGUUACAUAUUAACUCAGUGUCGGCCUGUGUCUGGGAUGUAUUUGCUGAAUGGGUUUAAUACUGUUUGAAUUUAGAGAUUUUCUCUCGUAUAAAAGACAAGGCUGGUUCUGGACACAUUAGUAGAAAUGAUUGCAUAGGCAAUAAUUUCUGAACUCAUAAGUUACAGCAUAGGCAAAAUGGCUUCUCUGGUUGAAUGUCUGAUUAGACCCACAGAUACAAUGCAUGUUAUUUUUAGGCACUACACAUGAAACUGCAUUAACUGGAUAGGGACCUUGCAGGCCCAGUAGCAUCAAUGAUAGCCAGCAUAGAUGAAUUUCAAACAAGAUGUCAUUCCAUCUUCCAGAGGAGUCCAGCUCUUUGAGAUUGUGUGUUUAUAUAUAAUCUCCCUUCAUUUGGUUAGGAUUUUGCCCUAUUUUGGCUUCAGACCUCAGGUUCAUCAGAAUUCCUGGUGCAAAAAUAAGGGAAACGACCCCCCUUGGUGACUGCCAAAGCUGUGACUUGGGACCGGUGUAGGGGGGCAGUCUCUCAGGGAUUACUGCCACUGUCAUCAACAAGAUCCUUUCUGAUUUCACCACUAGCAGCGUGCAGUGAGGCAUCUAUCCAAUCGGAAUGUGUUUUCAAACUCAUCGCUCACAUAUAAUAUUUGGGACAUUUAUUUGGUCAACCUGUGUUUCUUCAAUGCUUCUCUUAAGGGUUUUAUGAUGGGGAAACGGGAACCACAUUCCAUCAAUCCAUCUUCUAAUCACUUCUCCUGGUCAGAGUCAUGGGGAAAACCACGUUGUUUGUAACUUGCUAAACGUGCUUUAAUCUUGUGACAUUUUACCCACCCUCACACAUAUUCAGAUGUAGGUCUUUGUCGGAAAAUUCUCAGUUGUCGUUACCAUAGAAACCCCAUGAACCGUCCUUCUAUAGUUCUUUGGUUGUUCUUUUGAACAGUUCACACUUUUUGAAAUUUUUGAUUUUACUGAAGAAAAAAAAAUCCUCCUCAUACCUUUCUGGUACUGCACUUGUCUUACCAGCAUAAAGCAAACCAAUGAGAGUUAAAACACAGCUUGCAGCAGUGAGCAGAAAGCUCUCCAUGGCAGGAAAGGAGGGCCUCCGAUGUCGGGAUGGUUCGAAGUCAGAGGUCUGCGGCUUGCUGAGCUGCAUUGCACUAAUUGCAUCCAGUUUGUAGCUCUGAAUGCGUCAAAGGGCUAUUUACUUGGCCAGUUAACUGAUGUUUUUUAAAAAAAAAAAAAAAAAAAUCUUCGGAGUGAGAUUGUUUUUGAGCUUCUGGUUCACAAAAACCGAAACCUGAUCAAAAACGAACCAAACUUCUCUCUGUCCUCCCACACAAAUGUGCUGCAUCAAAGUGCUUAAAAGACACAUUGCUUCUCUUUAACUAUGUUCCUGUAACACUAAACUAACAAUUUUCAAAUGUUUGCAUUAAAUUAACUUCCACCACAUGUGUGUUCGUGGCUGGCCUGCAGGCAGGGUAGAUUUCCUGUAGUACUAUUAAUUGUACAGUAUUUAUUUUGCUUUUGCAUUUAAAAAAAUCUAUUUGCAAUUGUGGUCUGUUUUUGAUGGUCAUGUACUUUUUUCUUGAAUCCUGGAAUUGUUUUGACGUUAAAGAUAUUUUCAUACUUGAUUUCAAACAUAAAAAGCUUAGACCUUGUGACUUUAUCCACUGCAGUGCAUUUUUGAAUAUUUUGAAUUUCUGCAGUCAAUAAUGGCCUGUACAUAUUAAAAAUUCUCAUUGUUUCCA